CAGUUCCUACCACAUAACCAAAACAAUGCUGUUUUGAAAGGCGUAAUCUCAGACGGAUCAAUAUGGCCGCGACUCUCAGUUGUCAAUUAAUAACAAUUUUGAACGGGCGACUAUAAAUUUUCCAGGCUACAUGGUUGCACUUAUUUAUGUUGGUGUUAAAAUUGCGCUCCUGGUUGUGCUGCCCCAUUUGUGCCGGUGCAGCGGCCCAAGCGGCAAGGAUAGGGACAUAAUAUGGAGUACACCGCACUCCCAAACAAUCCUAUGAACUUCACCGAAAAUCAACACGGCAAUGUUAUCUUAGAGAAGUUGCGUAUGCAGAAGGACAGUGGAAGAUUUUGUGAUGUGACACUUUACGUCGAAGGAAAACAGUUCAGAGCACACCGAAAUGUGUUAGCUUCGUGCUCACCCUACUUCAACUCCAUCCUGAAGAUGCAAAGGAUUGUUAAGGAACACCUAACCAUAACCUGCAAAAGCUCCGAGGUGUUUCAGUGUUUGCUCAACUACAUGUAUACUGGCAGUGUUGUCAUUGACAAAGAAAAUGUAUGUGAACUAGUGAGAUUGUCCAAUCACUUUUUGGUGCCGAAGUUGAAAGACUAUUGUUCAGAGUACCUCGAAAGAUACUUAGAAGUUUCCAAUUGUGUGUCUGUCAAAGAAAUGGCAGACAAAUAUAAUAUGCCAUCUCUUUUAAAGUGCUCCUCUAGUUUCAUAAAAAAUAACAUUGAAGAUGUUAUGAAGCAGACUGAGCUUCUGGAAUCGCCCAUUUCUCUUGUGGAAGCUUUUUUAUCAGAUGAUGCUUGGACCAUACCUCAGAGUGCGCUUUUACCAUUUGUGACUAACUGGGUGCUGCAAGAUGUCCGUGGCCGUGAGCAGCACACAAGGAAGCUAUUGACAUUUGUUGAUUGGACAUCAAUGGAUCAGCAAGCAAUAACUGAGCAUGUAGACAGAGAUCCCCUUUAUCCAAAGAGCGAAAUAGCUCUCUAUGCUGUUCUCCAAGCUCUUCUUUCUAACAACUUCCUCUUUAAUAAAUACCAAAUAGUUUAUGAGUCUUUGAGUGGUAAAUUUAAUCAAGGUUCCUCCUCAGGAGUGGUGACAGCUUCUACCCAUUCAGAUGAUAGUUCACCUGUUAAAAUGGAAGUCCCCUCACCUUCAGGCUCACCAGGUUCAAAGCAAGCUCAAGCAAUUGACCAUUUUUUAACAGAGAAUAAUAAAUUGAAACCAACAAAGCAGUCUUUAAAUGAUGACAAAGAAUUAGAGGAAGAUGGUGAGGAGGAUGAAGGUGAUGUCAGUGGAGAUCCUGAUAUUUCAUAUGUUGGAAGGUAUUCUGAAGACUCAUCUGAUGAUGACAGUAACAAGAGACUGAAAGAAGAAACUGAAGAUCAGGGUUUUGAGGGAGAUGAGGGUUUCUUGAAGGAUGAGCCCAUGAUUGAUAUCAAAGUUGACAUGGAACGCUCUGUCAGAACAGGGGGUGAAGAUGAAGAUGAGGAAGAUGAUGAUGAAGAAGAUGAGGAUGAUGAUGAUAUGGAGGGUAGUGGAACAGCUGAAGAUCUAUCAGCCUCAAGAGAUUCAGAAGGAAGUCUUUCAGAGAGUGGCCUUAAGGCAUUGACCCGCACUCGGAGUGGAGGCGUCACCAAGAGCAAAAACAGAAAAAUAACAGUUAGUAGGAGUUCUCUUCGUUUAACAUCAGUAAAAGGAAACUAUCCUCCUGGGUCUGCACGUCGUGGUCGUCCACCAGGAACUGGGAAGAAGCAACGUGAAGCAGCAGCAGCUGCUGCAGCGGCUAUGAUGGACGAUGACAUGGCAGUCACACUUGAUGGAGAUGAACAGUUGGCUGUCAAAAAAUUGAAAUGUAAGCAGUGUAAAUUCCGAGCCAGUGAUGAGGCAGAAUUAGAUACACAUGUGAAUGAUGUGCAUCAGGGUGCACAUGAUGUUAUAUAUAAGUGUAGUGAAUGUGAAUUCACUUGUGGUUACAUAAAAGAUUACUACAAGCAUCUUAAAAAACAUUUUCCUGGCCCGCCGUUCAAAUGUGACAACUGCGAAUAUCAAUGUGACAAAAUGGUGAAUUUAGUGGCUCACAGAUCUAAAACAUGUGAUGACAAACCACAUCACUGUACUAUGUGUGACUAUAAAUGCAGGUCAAGGCCAUAUCUCCUUGUUCAUAUGAGGAGUCACACAGGAGAACUUCCCUAUAAGUGUGAUACGUGUGGCAGAGCAUAUGCCAUGCGCAGUACAUUGGAACAACAUCUUACGUCUCACAGUAAAGAGCAGCCUUACUUAUGUGAUGCAUGUGGUUUUGCUACUAAAUACAUCGCUCAUUUGAUGGCCCACAAGCGUAUUCACACGGGAGAUGUCCACCGAUGCACAUUCCCUGACUGCAAAUACUCAACCCCUAAGAAGUCACAGCUCCUUUCCCAUGCACGUACUCAUGAAGGGGUUCGUCCUCACACAUGCCACAUAUGUGGUCGAGGAUUUCUUGAAAAGAGUCAUUUGGUGCGGCACGAACGAAUUCACUUGGAUGACAAACCUUUCAAAUGUGAUCAGUGUGAUUAUGCAAGUUCAAGGCGAGAUAAAUUGAAAGAGCACUAUACCCGUCACCAUGGUGAUAAUGCUUCAGCUAGAGUACCAUACAAAGCUCGAAUGUCUCGUGUUGGAGAUACAAGGAAAGGAGAUCAGGAUAUUGGGGAUGACUUUAACAUUGAUAAUGCAUCUUCUACCCAGUCGUCAAACCAUGGGAUGAACUUGACAUCAGGGGGUGUCAGUGGAUCUCUUGCUGCUGGGUCAGGAGAGAUGGCUGAAAUCCUUCUUGCUCACAGCAUGUCAGCUGCUCAGCAACACCUCAAGUAUGCAACAAGUUUUGCUGGGCUCAGUGGUAAUGACGGACACAUGAACAUGGACUAUCACCAUCAUCACCACCAGCAGCAGCAGCAAAUGCAUGCAAACACCCGCCUAUCUCUCGCUGGUGUUGCGAGUAAUGGGGAGUCGAUGCAAGCUGAGACCAAGGAUGCAUUGCUAGCGCAAACUGGUUCCAUUCCUACCCCGAAUCCCACUCAUCAUAUGCAAUCAGCGGCAGCAAUGGCAGCGAUGAUGUUAGAUAGUAGAGUAGGUUAUCAUCAAGCUGGUGUUGGUUAUGGUUCAGGGAUGUCUCAACUGCCAUCGCAGUCAUCUUCUUUACCGUCGUCUCAGUCUAGUGAAUAUCCCACCAUGUCCUUAUUUUAAAUGUUUAAGCAGUUGCCUAUUUUAGGGUCCAUCCAUGUUAGCCAGAGGGGUCAAAAGAGAUACUAAGUGCACGUCCAGUUAUGUAACUGAAUGACAAGCUUGCACUUGCUCGUGCACCAAAACUGUUUUAUUUUGUUUUCUUGUGUGUUCAUAUGGUUAAGCACAUUUCUUCAUUUUUUUAUUGAUCCUAUCCAUAUUGUAUCUUGUAUUUUUUUUAAAUGUAUUGAAUUAUGAACCAUUCCAUGGACUUCACAAAUCGAGUGCAACAUGACCAGUUUAUGGUCAGCUGUGCAGAGAUUUGUCACCUUUCAAUAACACCCCACACUCAAGUGUUUUCAGUAUUUUCCAAUUGAAAUUAUUUGAAUUGUUUAAUUGACAUGUUCAGAUUUUGCCUGAAUUUUAACCUACAGACUCAUAGCCGUUUUAUUUUACAUUUGUUUGUUUGUUUUUUGUCGUUGAUGUGUCCUUUUACCCUUUUGUUUUUUAUUAUCGUCUGUACCCUCAUCUACAACUAGAUGGGCAGGAUAAAGACAAUUUACACAUGUAAAGCUGCCUUUUUUUUAAAAACAUGUAGCUAACUAAAGUCAAAUUUUUUACUCCAUUGAUGUAUGUUUCACUAUUUUAUUUGAAAGACAAUAAGAUAUUUUUCUACUUCCCAUCACUUAUCUUAAAAAAGUUCAACAACUGUAUUCAAAAGCCCUUUUUAUUGUUAAGAAACAAAUGUCUCUAAAUCAAAAAAUUUUCAAUUUAAAAAUUGUAAAAGUGCUAAGCCAUAAUGCAGUCAAGAAAUUUUGUUGUGGAUCAAAACACGAAUUUUGCCUAGCAGCUGAAAUAUUUUGUACUGGUGAAGGCUUGAUUGAUUUACCUUUUCUAGCCUUCCAUCCACAAAGGGUUUCCAUGACCACUGUAAUGUCCCCACGGCCAUUCAAGCAUGAUUUUAAAAAAUAGAUUGUACCGUUAAAAUUUUCCCUUUUCAAUUUUGAUAAAUUUUAAAAUUGAUAUUUUUCUUUUGUGCUAAGAUAAAUUAAUGUGUUAGUAUGUGAUCUGUUUGUGAUACCUAGGAUGCUGUCCACGAUCGUUUUUAUUUCUGCUGCUAUUCUUGUCAUGAUGACUAAUACCAUGAAACAUGAUAGGUAAUGUAAAGGCCAUUCAUGAUGCUCAUAAUAUGGCUGCAUCUGUAUGUUUUGUUUGACUGAUUAUUUGCUGUUUCUGUUAAUUUAUUUUGUAUGGUAUUAUCAUACAUUACAUGGGUGAGCAUUAAGAACAUUGACUGGUUUUCUUCCUGUCACAUAUCAAUCUCUCUUGUGUAUUAUGUCUUCUUGUGAAAAUUGUAUUUCUGCCUUACAUUCAGAGUGGUUAGUUUUAACCCUUAUAUUGCAAUCAUAGAAGUCUAGAAGCAUGAAAGUUGUGACAAUUUCCUUUUCACACAAGAAAAUUAGCAAAUGCAGCCUGCAAGGAAGGAGAUGGCAGAAGGGGGAGGGCAGGCUGUAUGCACUUGACUUACAGCUGCAGGUAAAUAAUGGUGAGCCCUCCAUCCUUCUGCGCCAUAGCUACCUUAUAAUGAGUUGUUUCAAAAAUUCUCAUCAACCAUUUUUAAAAAAAUGGCGCGAAAUGUUACAUUCCUCCUUCCUUCAGUUCUCGUUUUGUGUUUGAUUUUAGCUGCAUGCAGAAAUAUUCAAAAAAGCAUUCAUGUUUUAACAGGGUAGCUUCUGUCAUUUUUUGGAAUGGGGUUCCCUUUCCUCAGUGGCGUUUAGUGACUGAUGUAGGAAGUAUGUACGUUAUUUUAAUAGUGUAAGACCAGUGGAUUGGUAUAUUUUCCAGAUCUUGUUACAGUCUAAUGUGGUCCUUUAUCAGCAGUAUACUUGUGUCUUGUAGCAAUGUGAGAACGUGAUGUAGAAUAGUAACUUGUACAUGAUGUAAAUAAAUAAAUAUCGGUAAAGUUAUCAAGAUGCUUGCACAAAGGUCCACAAGUUUUGGCAGAGUGAAAACCAAUUUCUGUAAGCAAUACAACAAAUUUAGAGUUUAUUAAAGUUUGUCUACCAGA